CAAAACACAUAUAUCGCUUACUUACUGAUUUUCAAGAUCAGACUAUACCACAACAACCAAUUUAUCAUUAUGGUUCAGAAGCUAACCCCUUUUUGUCCUAUCUUGGACAAACAUAUACAUACCUAUAAAAUCUUUGUAAUCUACAAUGACUUUAAUUAGACUGACGUGAUAUUACUUUAAUUUGACUAUUUUGUUGCAGAUUUGGAUUUUUGCACAUUUUUCGUCCACAGCGACGUCGAUCAGUCGCUGAUUGAAGUGGACGAAGAUGGGCGAAAAACAGCACUCCGUUUACCUGUCCCAGUUGAAGGCUAUGUUGAAGAGGAACAUCCUACUAAAAAAGAGAGAGAAGCGGAAAACCACAGCGGAAGUGCUGCUACCCUUGUAUUCCCUCUCUAUCUUAAUCAUAAUGAAGCUGGUGUUGCCAAAUCCAAAUCUGCCUGAGAUCGACACCCCACGGGGAGAAGCGGAGCUUUUGGAGCACUUCAGAAUGUUAAACAACCAUACUAUAGCGAUCGUGCCUAAUACCACACAAACCAUGGAAUUUCUACGAAAAGUAACUAGCCUAUGGGACUCCAUAAAUAACGGAAGAAACAUAUCCAUGAUCACUUGGGUUCCUUUUGAAACUGAAAAGGAUUUAUUACGGGCCUACUGGAUGAACCCCGAAAGUAUACCUAUAGCAGUUCUAUUUGAUGAUCCCGGGCCAAUUGAAGGUCAACUCAAGUACGAAAUUAGAACAAAUCCAUCACUGUAUGCAACCCCGCCAACAACAAGCCUAUACAGUUCAGAACUAGCAUGUAGGAGUACGGCCAAGGAAUGGUACACUUUCACAGGUGUCUUACCUGCCAUAGAAGGAGGAGACAGUUGUCCUGUCAAUCAGUAUUAUUUUUCAGGAUUUCUAGCCCUGCAAGCUUUACUGGAUUAUACGAAAAUUCGGAUCGACACAAAUUCAGACCUUAAAAUUCCGCAACUGCUUUUGGAAAUGUUUCCGAAAAAGGCACACACAGGCACUUGGAUGGUUGUGAUUCGGGUACUGAUUCCGAUCUAUAUGGUGACGUCACUCUCGCAGUUUGUCACCUAUUUGUUGAUUUUGAUAGUUGGCGAAAAGGAAAACAAAAUAAAGGAAGGGAUGAAAAUUAUGGGACUGAAAGAUUCUGUUUUUUGGUUGUCUUGGUUCAUCAUAUAUGGCAUAUUCGUCUUAUUUUUGACGAUAGUUUGCUGCGUAUUGUUAUUCACACUAAAAGUGUUCCAGAAUACUAAUUUCUUCUUAAUAUUCAUGUUGGUGCUACUGUACUCGUUCUCAAUUAUAAUGUUCGGAUUUAUGAUCACGCCUUUCUUCGAUAAGUCGAGGACAGCCGGAAUUCUAGGAAACUUCAUAGUGAUAAUAAUGAGCCUUUUCUACUUUAUACAAGUGUUCUUCAAAGAGUCCAGUUCUGUGGUAUUGUGGAUUAUAUCACUGCUUAGUUCGUGUGGAUUUGCUCUUGCCAUGGAUAACGCUUUGGUGAUGGAUUUGUCCGGUAGAGGAGUCAACUUUGAUAACCUGUGGGAGGGUGCAAUGCCUUUUGGUGGUAGCUUAAUCUUGAUGGCCCUAGAUAUAGUGUUGUAUGGUUUGCUUGCCUAUUAUUUGGAUAGUGUGGUGCCAAGUGAACAUGGUGUGAAACGUCAUCCACUAUUUUGCUUUAAGCCUUCAUAUUGGUGUGCCAAGAAACGCAUGCAAAGGAUACCCUUGUCAGCAAAUGGGGAUGGGUCCGUUCACUCUUUGAACAACACUGAUUCCACUAUAGAUGUUGAGCCAGUUUCAAGAGAAAUGCGUGGACGUGAGGCGAUAAAAAUUGUGGAUCUUUACAAAAGUUUCCAUAGUUGUAGAAAGCCAGAGAUAAGAGCAAUAAAUGGAAUAAAUCUAACCAUAUACGAAGGACAUAUAACCGCGAUUUUGGGGCAUAAUGGAGCUGGAAAGACAACUUUAUUCAACAUUUUGACUGGUUUGACUGCUCCUACAUCUGGAACAGCUUAUAUUUUUGGAUAUGAUGUCAGGGACCCCAAUGAUAUGGAUCAAAUACGCCGAAUGACAGGAGUAUGUCCACAACAUGACAUCCUGUUUGACAACCUGACACCAAAGGAACAUUUAGAAUUUUUUGCAGCUGUGAAAGGUAUCCACCCAAGUUUGGUGGAGUCUGAAGUGAUGAGAACCCUCAGAGACAUCGACUUGACCGACAAAGCAAACUCAUCGGCCAAGCAUUUGAGCGGAGGUCAGAAGAGAAAGCUUUCAGUAGGUAUAGCUGUGAUAGGUGAUCCUAAGAUCAUCAUAUUAGACGAACCGACAGCUGGGGUUGAUCCGUACUCGAGAAGGCAUAUGUGGUCAGUGCUUCAAAACAGGAGGCAUGGAAGAGUUAUCUUGUUGACGACCCAUUUUAUGGAUGAAGCUGAUAUUUUGGCGGAUAGAAAAGCAGUGGUAUCUAAAGGCAGCAUAAGGUGCUGUGGUAGCUCUUUGUUCCUUAAGAACAAAUUCGGAAUUGGUUACCAUCUAACCUUGGUGUUGAAAGGAGUUUCCAAAGAGCAGGCUAUCACUAGAUUAGUCACGACACAUGUUCCUAAAGCUGAAAAGGCAAGGAGGCACGGAAGGGAAUUGAGUUUUAUUUUACCUCAUAAUGCUGUCGAGAAUUUUCCCAAUUUGUUUUCUGCGAUAGAGCAGGAGAUUAAUAAUAAAAAUAGUAAAUUAGGGAUCUCUAGUUAUGGAGUUUCUAUGACGACUUUGGAAGAAGUGUUUUUGCAUUUGGAACGGGAAGAUGAAGAAACUGACUGCACCGUAGAUAAUCUGUCGAAAAAGAUAGUGAGAAACAGAGCCUUGAGUCGGAGUCUUAGCUUGCAAAGCAAAAGCACUAGUUAUCAAUCAUUACAAAAUGAGCAGAAUAACGACAUCAUGCAAGAUGCCAAAGGUGACGCGCCGACGACGAAGAUUGAUGGCCUGGAAAUAAUAAGCGAAACAAAAUCCCCUGUAACAGGCAUCGGUUUAGAGAAAAUCGAAUGCAAGCCAAACUGCUUCCAAACAAUCAUAGCGCUACUUAGGCUCAGGAUCCUUCGUCUAUUUCGUGACUGGCAGAAGUUAUACUUCAUGAUAUUGGUGCCAUUAGGUCUAGCCGCAUUAGGACUAUACAUAAACAGUAUACAGAACAUCGAGACCAAAACGCAGUCCCUACCUCUCAACGUCACCUUGUACGGAAAUGUUUCACUGGCUAUCCAUAAUGCAUCGAAUAACAAUCUAGAUGAAUUGUAUGAGCAGCUUUUAGAUCUUGGGGUGACUUUCAUCGACGACUAUGAUGGGAAUUUUUCAAGGUUAUUACAGAUAGCGCCCCAUACAGCGGCACUAAAUGUGAAUAACUUUGAAUUUCCAGAUUAUAGUAUAACUGUGUUGUAUAAUGACACACAACAGCAUAGUUUGCCAAUUGUUAUCAACUUGGUGAACAACGCCCUUUAUAGGCUUCUCAGUACAAACCAGAUUGAAAUAAAAAGCUGGCAACCGAUAGAGUUGCGGGCUCAACCAUUUCAACAAACAUCUCAACCAGAAGGUAUCAACUUUGGAACCGUGACUGCAACUUUCACUCUGGGAAUGAUAUUCGCUCUAACACCUGUCAGUUUAGCUAUUGAUAUGGUGUAUGACAGAGAGAUUCGAGCAAAAAAUCAGUUGCGCGUGAACGGUCUGUCUUUCGGGAUGUACUUCACGACGUACCUUUUCGUGUUGAUGACGAUCAUGGUACUGAUUUGUACCGUCCUUAUCAUCAUCAUCCUGCUGUUCAAAAUUCCAUCGCUUAGUGGAUGGGCGGCGUUGACCACAUUAGGCAUCUUGGUCUUUUUCUACUGCCCCUCUUCGAUACUCUUCAGCACCUGCUUUAGCUAUAUGUUCGAUAAAACUGAUUCGGCACAGUCCAUUUUACCAAACAUCGCCACCUUUGUUGGGUGUAUACCGUUUUUCAUUGUGAUGUUUCUUGACAUGAUGAGGAUAGGUGAAAAAGUUGCUCUCAUCUUACACAUAUUUUUCUCCAUGACAAAUACUAUGUAUUUAUCUUAUGCCAUGAUUUAUUAUAUACAAAGGGUGUAUAUAAUGUGCAACAACAGUUAUGCUUGUGUAGAACCAACGUUGGUUGACUAUAUGACUACAGAAGUUGUAGUUAUGUUCGUAGGAAUAUUACUGCACAUCCCUUUCUGGUUUUUCAUCAUACGUGUUGUAGACAUCAAGAAAAACGGUGGGAGAGUCAGGGAUGCACUCAAGUUAACCAGUGUAAAUACGGAAGAUAAAUAUAAAAUUAACGAAGAAGAUUUUAACGAGGUUAGUGACAUAGGAGACAACGAAGAUCAAGACGUGAAGGCAGAGAGGCUGAAAGUAAAAAGUCUCAUGAAUUGUCAUUCAGUCAAUCCUCCUGUUGUUAUGGUAGAUAAAUUGCAUAAAGAAUAUCUAAGAGAAGAAACGAAAGUCUGUGAUAUAUGUUGUAAAUCCGAAACAGAAGUCGAAUUGAAGGUAGCUAUCAAAUCCUUAUCAUUAGCCGUCGAUGCUGGUGAAGUAUUCGGACUUCUGGGUCACAAUGGUGCUGGUAAAACCACCACCAUGAAGAUCAUUACCGCUGAGGAGGCUCCUACAAGAGGCAGGGUGCAAAUCGGCGGCGAAAAUAUAACCUCUAACAUGAACUCCGCAUACCGUCUGCUAGGAUACUGCCCACAGCAUGACGCGCUGUGGAAAAACAUCACAGUGCGUGAGCAUCUGGAGUGUUACGCCUCCAUCCGAGGUGUGCCUUACGACCAAAUACCUAAGCUGGUCAACAUGUACCUGAGCGGCCUCCAAAUACAGGAGCACGCUGAUAAAAGAGCAUCACAAUGUUCUGGAGGAACAAGAAGGAAACUUAGCUUCGCUAUGGCGAUGGUAGGGAAUCCCAAAGUUGUAUUGUUAGACGAGCCCAGUACUGGAAUGGACCCUAGGAGUAAAAGAUUCCUAUGGGACACGAUAUUAGCCAGUUUUCAGGGUUCAAGAGGAGCGAUUCUUACCACACAUUCCAUGGAGGAAGCAGAUGCUUUAUGUUCAAGAGUCGGUAUCAUGGUGAAAGGCGAGUUGAGAUGUCUGGGCUCGACCCAACACCUGAAAAACCUAUACGGCGCUGGCUACACCCUGGAGAUGAAGUUACGGGGUGGAGAUUCAACACCAACCUCAGACUGCAGGGAUCGCCACAGCGCGUUAAAAGAAUUCGUCUCUAAUUUGUUUAUGGACGCCACUUUGCAGGAAAGCUUCGCCGAUCGACUGGUGUUCAGUGUGCCUCAGCAGAGCGUGCCUUCGCUGGCCAAAUGUUUCAUGCAGUUAGAGAAAACCAAAUCUGAGCUGGACAUAGAGGAAUACAGCUUCAGUCAAACAACGUUGGAACAAGUGUUUCUUAAGUUCGCCCACGAAGAUGAAAUUCAUGAAGAUUAGAUGCAAGAGUAGAAGUUUUUGUUGAUUUUUCAUUAUUAUUAAGACAUUGACCUAAUUGUGAUGUUAAUAUGUAAGUUUAAAAAUUUGUAGAUAAAAUAAAUUUAAUCAAAACUUCUAAGCAUUUAGCGCCAUGUAGAACGACAUUGGAAUGUUGUUCGAAGUAUCAACUAUUUUCAGAGGGAGCGUAUAUGGUUUCCUACAGUAGCAUACUAAAAGUCACGGAAAGCUACUGUAUUUCAAUAGGGUAGCUAAAGUCAGGUUACCAAAAACGCUUGUCGAGAAUUCAAAACAUAGGAUACAUUUGGUUUUUAAGAUCGAAAAUACAUAUCCUGAUGGACGUUGCAUUUUAUGUACACAAACUUGUUCUGUAAUUCUUUCAUUUAGAUUCACGAAUUGAAUAAAUCUUUUAUAAACUACUGUCAUAGACCCUCCACUUCUGAGAAAAAUUGAAUAUACUUCACAAUAUAGGAAGUGUCCAAUUUUUAGCUGAAUAUUUUUAUCUACUUUAAGAAAACGAUGCGUUCUUCAGUAGGCCUUAUAUUUAUUACAGGUGCUUUUAUAUAAAAAAACGUACUGUUUGUUGUAUGUACUUACGUGUACAUACAUUCCCUAGGGUACUUUUAAUGAAAUAGCUUCUACUCUGUAGCAUAUUAAUUCAUUGUGUUUGAGUGAUAAUCCUAAUUAUUAUGAAUGAUUUUAGUACUGAGUGGAUUCUAUACUCUCCUAAAUUAAAUUCGUUAUCUUUUUCGUUUAAUUCAUCAUUUGAGAUAGUAUAUACCAAUUCAAAAUUGAGAUAAAGUAUAUGCAGAUCAUUCGGCUUUGUUUGAUAUAUCUGCUAAAAUCUAAAAAUACGUAAAAUACUCAUCAUCACCUUCAGCAAGAAUUCUCAUCAAAGGGAAUUAUUGCCGAAUUUGUGUAGUUUUCUACAUCAAAAUAAGUCAUAAAGAAUGUGUAACAUAAUUUGAAUGAAACUAUUUCAUUUCUGCAAAGCAGAAACUCGGGAAUCUCAAUUUUAUGUUGUGUAUAUGUUACUUUAUGAAAAAUAUAUAUGUCGCUUAUGUGGAUAUUUUUAAAAGACGUUGUUUUGUGAUAUUAUACUGUGUUUUUGCUGGCUUAGACUAGUCAAUUAAUAAUAUAAAAUAUCUGUUACUGAUCAUAAUUUGGAUUCGUCCGCUUGCUCUGUACAUAUCUAUGCAAACUAAAGGGUGCGCCAUGUUAGGAAAAGUAGGAGGAAGUGACAACCAUGAAUCGUAGUCGUCAUAAGCGCUAUUAUAGUUUUGCCAUAUGAGCACAAUGGACACAUGCCUAGAGUCCGGCAUGUUGGAGGUCCCCAAAUAGCUAAAAAUCAGACGAAAUUUCCAAAAAACAUAUGCCUUCACCUUCUACCCUCUUUUUCUCAAUGUCAAAGUGCUGCCAGGCUACCCUGAGCUGCCUUUAGCCCCCUGGGUAUCCAGGGGCCACUACAUAACUUAAGACGACCAUGCAUGAGCGUUUAGAAAAGCGUCUAAGCAUGGCCUAAACAUGAAUACUUUUGACAAGCCGAGGUUGUUGCAGUUAGGAUUUGAAGUUUGAAAAAUGUUUUAUCAUUCAAUUUGAAUGAGUUGGUACAUCAAACUGUUCGUCAAGUUACCGUUCAUCAAGCUCAUAAACUCAUUAUAAUUUCUUUUUAUGUUAUUAUUACAUAUUAAGGUGGCACAUCCCUCUUUCAAUUUUUUUUCAACUACCUGUUUGCAAUAGUAUUCUAAAUCCUGUUCGUCUGAUAGUUUCUUGGUGUGUAGAUGAUUAAAAACAAUGUUUUAAUUUCUUUUCUCAAAAAAUGCAUAUUUUGUGCAUUUUAUUUGAUUUUUUUCUUCAAUCGGAGCUUGUUAACAAAUAAUACAACAAAUACGGUUCUGAAAUUGUGUGUGAAUAUUCUUUGAUGGAAGAAUGAAACAGGUGAUUACUUUUGUUCUUAUCACUUUUCCUUUUCGAAAAAUCUUUGAUUGUCUCAAAGCCUCGUCUCGCAGCAAGUUGAAUUUUCAAGAAGAGCAAAGAUUUUUCAAAGAGAAAAAGUGAUAAGAAUAAAAGUAAUUACUUUUGUUUCAUUCGUCCAUAAAAGUGGAAUAUUCACAGACAAUUUCAGAGCCGCAUUAAUAGAUACGAUCGAACAAGAAAUCCUCAAAAAAAUGAAUUUUAUGGCAAAACAAAAUUAAAAACGAUGUUUUUUAGUCAUUAUACCUAUACAUGCUAAAGUAAUCAGAUGAAAAGAAUUCAGAAUACUGUUGCAAACAGCUAGUUGGAAAAAGGCGAAAAAAGGGACUUGCGGCUCAAGGUUGGUCCAUGAAACUUUUCUUUUGCAUUUAGCAUUGGCAUUAAUAUCAAUGUUGAAACUGCCAUAGCUAAAUACUGCCGUUCGUGAAACCAUUUUGAGUGUAUCCUUUAAAUUAGAUAUAGAAGGGCUGAUCUAUAAAAGGCAGUCAACUUGCAAUUAUACCUUGCGCGAAAAGGUUAUUGCUGAAUUUUAACGCAUACUAUCAAACCCGGGGGCCGGAAAACAUGCGUAAUGAGAAAAAACGACCCAAAACUGGACGCCGAACUGAAGGCGCAGUAAUCGAUCGGCCAGAACAUAGACUAUUAGGAAACACAGCAUUGCCAGAUGAGUCGGGCAGAAUUUCCCCAGAACAAGCACAAAAAUCCCUCAGACUUGCUAUUGUUCAAAAGAAAUCCAAAUCAUAAUUAAUGAAAAGGGAUAGGAUUGCUCCAAGAGCAAGGGGGUAGUUACGAAAAUUGUAAUUUCCCCCAGAACAAAUUUGGGGGAAAAUCCCUCAACACGGCUAAAGCACCACUGGCACUUCGCGUGUAUCAAGUUUUGGGGGCAUUUUUACAUCACAAAAAGUAUUGCCGUAGUUUCUCUAGGUAAAUAAGCUCCGUGAUAUCAAAUCAGAUUAGUAUGACAAAUAGUGACACGUCAAUAUUGUCUUGGAGAUAAAGCUUUUUCCUGUGCCUUUUUACAUAAAUACUAAUAAAUAUCAUGGGGACGUUUACAAAAGAAAAUUAAUCGAUAUGAACGAUGUUAAGCAAGUUGUUAGUGCAAGAUAUUAAAACUUGGGAGUCUGAUUUAUUUUUCUUAUACUUGUGAUAUAUCUGAGGUCAGAUUUUUUGUGAAUAUGGAUACUAUAUCAAGAAAUGAUAAUUUUAUGAAUGUAGGGUACGUCCUUUUUACGCUAAGGGCAGGGACAUAUGUGUCCCACUAGACAUUUUAGGUGGUACAUAGUAGACCCAGUAGUCUUGAAAACAAUUAUUUCCAUUGAAAUUAUAUUGAAGAACACAAUGAAAUGGGUCAUAAUCGUCAUCACUCAAGCCAUCUUCCAUAAUUCUUUUAACUUCUUCUUCAAGUUCUCUUUGUGUCAAUCUCCUUUCACUCAUUGUUGUACAGAACCACCGGGACAAAUGUGUCCAGUUCAAAAUGCCUGCUGGGACCCAGGUGUCCCAUAGUAUAAAGUACUGAAAUACAACACGUUUUAUAAGAGAAUUGCUUACUACUAACCUUAGAGAGCAGACACAAUACAGUUAGGGCAAUAAUACACUUGCAAAUACUUCAGAAUAUAGUAGAACGCAAAGCACAUGUUGGCUGGACGGACUUCACCAGCAAACUGUGAAGUUAUGUGACUACUUGUCAACAGGUACUUGUAUAGUGAGUGUUCAGAGACUGGUAUAUUUAUGUAUAAUGGAAAAACGGGAUCUAUUUGUACCAUUAGUCGCACAUAAUACAUGGAUGGGACACGUAUGUCCCGAUAGACUCCAAAGGGUUAAACACUUGGGGAAAAAUGUCCGACACCGUUAUUUAAAGGUGCGACCAACGUAUAACAAUCUCCCUCCAGGAAAUAUCGAAACCAGGUUACGGCAUCAUAUCAUCGUUUUUUACCUCACAGUACAAGGCAAGCCACUAGUAAACUAUUGAUUUGACAAAUGCAUACUUGAAUAAUAGUUUAAUAAAAAUAAAAUUAACAAUUUCAUUUACGUACUUCCUCACCUAUAAAUUUAACGAUAGAAUAAUACUCAAAGAAAAAGUUUCAUAAACCAGCCGUUAGGCCGCUAGUGAUUAUAAUAAUGAGAUUAGAGACAAUGUGCGCAAAGCAGACAAAUGCGGCGACUAAGGAUUUUAUGGUAUUAUUCCGAGAUAAAUGUUAAUACAUGAAACACCAUCAACCUUACAAUUUUGAAACAGUAUUUUCUACACUGUUAAGACAUAAUUAGCACCACCCUUACGUCGGUACUUUUCAUAGAUUUGUGACUGAAGGCGUUUUUCCAUUAGUUUCAAUGUCACAUGGGUACAUAACCUCGCUUCUUUUAACAUCAAGUUAACUUUCGAAUUGAAUAACUCUAACCUGAAAGUCACUUAACACUUCCCUGUAGAUUAGUUUUGAGAGUUGUGGCUAACUAACCCAUAACUGUUGAUGUGGAAAGACUGUUUUUGCUGACUGCAGCAUUAAGUUAUGCCAUUGCCAACUACAACCCUGCGCGUUUCGUGAUGAUGAUGCUGUUUGUUCCCGGUUAUACGUGACAACUUUUGCCACUGUCGAGCAAACUACGUUAAACAUUGCGUCAUUACCGUUUAACUGCAGCACUUUGGCUAACUUAUGGAUCUUCUAGUUACAGUUAAUUACAGUUUUAGAAUCAACCUGACAUUGAAAAACGCUUUUUGAAAGCUAACUUUCAGAAAAAUAACGGAUCCGCGAUUGAUAAGCCGCGACCAAAUGUAUCAAAGAGGCGCAUUUGUGUCCCAGGUGAUUGCUGUUAAACAGUAUUAAAUUUGUACACUAACGAAAAUCGUGUUCCUUAUCCAUUUUCCUACAAUGUUCAUAUUACCGGAAACUUGGAAUCACCAUAUACCUUACUUUCAAUUAACUUCCUUUGUUAUAGUACUGGCCCAUGAAAUAAAAAAGUAGUGUAUGCUUGGAGUCCGAUUAUGCUUUUCCAAUGUACUUUUUCACGCUGAAUGCGAAUCUGAAGUCAAACUUGGGGAGCGGUGGACAAUUUGUAGAGAAAACGCAUAAAAACGAUCCACAAAAAAAUAAAAAGUGGCGCGUGCUUGAAAUCUCACUAUGUAUUGUUUCCCAUAUAUGUUUCACUCUGAACACCAAUCUGAAGUCAAAAUAAUGGGAAUUUGGACAAAUAUGAAAAUAACUUAGACAUCACAAUUAAAAAUAUUGUUAUUUUUGGUGGAUGUGCAAAAAUGCCAAAAUGUGCAUUUAUACAAAGUAGAAAAAAAAUAUGCUUUGCACAUUUUUUCUUAUCCAUUGUUCUUGUAUAUGUUUCUUCGCCUACUUGUACCAUUUUCUGUAUUUGUGAACCUAGGGUGUUAUUUAUGAUGCAUUCACAAUCGGGAACAAAAAUAUUUGCGCGGUGGUGUCACUGAUCACUCUUAAACGCAGUAUUGUACUGCGUGGUUGACACUUGUUCCGUUUCCCUUACAUGGGAAAAACAUGGCGGAAUUAUUUUUGCUCUCGGCAUGCAGUAUAUUUUGUUAUAAAAAGUGGUUCAUGUAUGAGCGAGUAAUUAUAAACGUAUGGAGGAACAUUGCUUCGUGAUUUUCAGUUUUGCAUUAGUACUACAGAAAACAAACGGUUUUUCAAACUUGUAAAAUAUGUAUGAUCAUUGAUUAAAACAUUUCCGUUACGUUAACCAAUGGUAUGAUGGCUAGGUAUAUACUAAUUGUUUAGAAAAAUUUUACGAGAUAUCAUUGUAUUUUCUUUUCUAAAUACAUAUUGUGUUUCAGUGAA